UGAGUCUCGUGCCGCUUAGUGCAUCGACUGCUCCAUUGUGAUCUAGUGCUUUGUGUUCCGACAAUUUACGCCGGAUUAAAUAAAAAAUUCAUCACCUUUCAGUGGGAAGAGGGUUUCCGAUAUGAAAAUAUAUUUCUCUAUCUGUGUUCUGUUGAGUGUGGAAUGCAUCACCGGAUUGGAUCCGACUUUGGACGGCGAUCCGAGACGGACUUUUCCCGCCAGAAGAGCCAUAGAUGGAUCGCGCGGAAGAAAAUACUAUGUGCCGGAGGAGGAGGAUACCUUCGACAUUUAUGGAGCUAGCGGUCAAUAUGAUCCUUAUAGAGAUACAACAGAUUUUUCAGACAUCAGGACAAACGUUCCGGGUGAACCAGGAGUUGAUUACCCUUCGUACGUGACGAUCCCACAGACGAGUUUCCAAUGCCAGAGUCAAUACAGAGGAUACUACGCAGAUGAGGAGGCAGGCUGUCAAUUAUUCCACGUUUGCGACGGUAACUUCCUCGUCUCCUCGUUCCUCUGCCCCAUCGGCGCAACAUUCAGCCAGAAGUUGCUGACCUGCGACUGGUGGAACAAAGUGGACUGCUCAUCAACCCGAAACUACCACAUAGUAAACCGAGACAGUCUGCUCAGUGAAGUGGACGACGACGAGAUCCUCCGCAAGGCCUACGAGAUGACGAGCCUCCAGACGUCCCGCAAGGACGUCUCCAUCGACUCAAGAACCCGAAACUCAAUCCUAGAAUCCGCCCGCUUCAUCAACGACCUGCAGACCAGUCCGAAUCGCUACGGCGAUUACGCGGAUAAUUCCCCAGAAGUCCAGUACAAAUACAGCUCAAGAUACAACUCAGGUGACUAUCGAGACCGGGCCUCCGGGUACUUCCCCACGCUUCUCCAGGAUAACCAGCAAAACCCGAGGAUAAAAGUCCACACAAUCGGCCAGGACCACAAGAACGACGCGGACCACAAAACCCGAGACUUCAGGCCCUCGUACGCCCCAACAGUUCCAACUGUCACCACAACUACCAGAAGAUUCUACUCCCCGACAGUCCCAACAACCUCCGCAAGACCGAUGUCCCGACCCCGCCACGACCUGGAGUUCGAGAGUUCCGAUCACCUGUACUCAGCAAGAGGAAAGACGACAGAACCCUCAGUAAAUCCAGUCACGAGACCAACCGUUGACACCACAACAUCAGUCGUCGUGGAUGUCCCGCCGACUCUGACCGACGCAUAUCAAUCAAAAAUCGAGGAUAGACGUCCCCAAAGUCAAACAUCUCCAAAAUACGAAGCUGUGACCGAAGUUACGAUGGACAAGGCGCAAGUCGUAACGCAAUUCUCAGCGAUUGAAUUCCAAUCGGUGUAUUCCGGUGAAAAUUACACAUUCCAAAUCGACGUGGAUGACCAGAAUUCCCGGGCUAAGGAGACCGGAUCGGCGGAGAUUCCGUCGACCAACAUAAUCCCACCGUUCUUCUACUACUCCAAAAACCAGGAAACUAACACUACUUCGUCCAACCAAUUCAUCAUCAAUGUUCCAGCAACUGACGUUAUCCCCCCGCUGUUCAGCGACUUCUCAAACGAAACCAGAAAGGAUUAUGUGGACAAUCAUGUGGUGAUUCCAUCCGAGGAAAUAAAAUCCCCUUUCACCGAAAUCAAGAGCGUUUCCCCAAUUAUUCAAGACACUCCCAGAGCAGAAGAGAACAUAUCGUUCCUCGAUGAAUCGGUCGCUCCGCCGUCGAGAUUAUUCCUCCCGCCGGUUGACGAUUUCCAACUUGAAAAUUAUACGAAUGUGAUUCAGAACGAUGUAGGGCAGCGACUGGGCUACAAUAAUGGGCCAAAUGGAGAGGAGGGACAUCGUGAUUCAACCGAGGGUGAGAGUUCACCGUACCAGGUGUCUCUCACGGUGAAAGGAAGCGAGGAGUUCAAUCCUCGAGGUGCACUGAUCAAGCGUUUACUCGCCCAACAUGAAUCUUCUGGUGACAUUCGAGACAUUGAGAUUGAGAAAUCCGAGAGGAGUGCAGAACCUUUGAGUGACCUCCAGAGCAAUUCGACGAUAGAUUCGAGCGCGGCUGGUGACGCUUCGAGGGCGCAGAUAAUCAAUUACGCGGUGCUCAAUAAAUUGCAGGAGAUCCGUCCCCUGGGGUCAUUAUCGGAUCUGCGGAAUGCAGAUCACCUUCCAAGGCCGUUCUCCUUGGAUACUCGUAAGGGGGUGGGUAGAAGUCCCGGAGGGCCUGGAGUCAGUGAGAAAAAAUUGAACGAGGGUCAGGAAUCUGAAGCUAAUCCACACGAAGGAGUGGAGGUGAGGAAAGAGCAAGAAGUUCUAGCAUCGAAAAAUGAUACUCCGUUGAAAUUCGAUCUCCCUGACGUAGCCCGAACGACUGACUUCAGGAGUGAAGAGAAGCUGAAGGAUUCGGGGGAACGAGUGAGUGGGGACAAAGAGGAAACAUCAGAUAAAGAGAAAGAUGGCACUGAGUUCAUACCUUCGAUAGGAUUUUCGCUCAACACAGCGGAGGAACGCAAGGAGUACACAGAAGCGGUGAUCCGAGGGCUUUUCACUGACCUUUCGAGUCCUAGUGUAAAUAGAAGUAUCGAUAAUUCUGAGAGUUCAUGAGUUAUAUUGUAAGAUUUUCUAAGAGUCACUCAAGAUAGGAGACGCUUAAGAUUAUGUAUAAUAGUUCUCUCUGAUUUAAUAAAUUCGUAUUUUUCCUUUA